AUGUGGAAACUAUUACGAGUGCCGUCGCCAGUGGUGACAGCGAUGGCCAUCAGCUUCAACCGCCUAUUGAAGACCAAAGACUGGGUGACGAACAAGUGGUCGGUGGCGGGCAUGAGUGACCGGACCCCCGGUCGCGACACACUCAAAGACUAUCGCCGGCCGAACCUUUACCCCGACUACGGCGACAAAGGGCCCGAACACCCGGACUUGAGGGGCAUUAUCACUGAUGGCCAACAGUACUCGCAGCGCCGCUUGAGGGCCAAGAAGUGGUUCCCCGACAAGCAAUACAUGGAAGAGUUCGCCGGCGAAACCAUUGCCUAUAAGGACAACAAAUGUCUGGUACCGGACGACUCCGCCCGUUGGGAGGGCUGGGAUGCCGACCAUCCGGAUGGCUCACCAAUGGAGAGACACGUGCGUCCCUGUACGUUAAACUUCGGACCCCAACAUCCGGGCGCUCACGGAGUGCUCCGAUUGGUGCUCGAAUUGAGUUGCGCUCUGGAGGAAGUGGUAUUGAGAGCCGACCCGCACAUCGGUCUCCUCCAUAGGGCCACUGAGAAGCUAAUGGAGUACAAGACGUACACUCAGGCCCUGCCAUACAUGGAUCGGUUGGACUACGUGUCGAUGAUGUGUAACGAACAGUGCUAUUCACUCGCCAUCGAGAAGAUGUUGGGACUACAGGUGCCGAAGAGG